GGUACAAAUGACAGCAGUAUUGUUAGCAAGUGUUCAAUGGCCAGUUUAGGCUACUUCAAUGAUGGCUUCCUGAAGGGAUUUGCAAAUAAAACCACCAGAAGAGCUCCACUUAUCAAUCGUGGUUACUACGUGAGGGCAAAGGCAGUGGAUUAUAGUCUGCAUUGUUUCUUGCAAAAGACAGCCAGUUACUCACAGAGACAGAUCCUUUCACUUGGAGCUGGGUUUGAUUCCUUAUACUUUCGGCUAAAGGCAAGUGGGGAGCUGGAAAAUGUCAUUGUGUAUGAGGUGGAUUUUCCAGAUGUUGUUCAGCGCAAAGCCACUCUGAUUAAAAACAAGCAAGAAUUCAUGGAGCUCGUAGGCUGCAUGAAUGAAAUUAAACCAGCCCAAAUGGAUAAUUUGUAUCUUUGUGGUUUGGAUUACAAAUUGCUUGGCAUUGACAUGACUGAAAUAGUGGAGUUAGAUAACCUACUGAUGGAGACUGGCCUAAAUCCUGCUUGUCCGACCCUGUUGCUAUCAGAAGUUGUAUUGACGUAUAUGAGAGAUGCAAGUUCUUCAGCUGUAAUCCAUUGGGCAGCAAACCGAUUUUCGUCAGCAAUAUUUGUUGUCUACGAACAAAUACGACCAGAUGAUCCCUUUGGUCAGGUUAUGCAACAACAUUUUACACAGUUGAACUCCACUCUGCAUGCACUUAUUCAGUUUCCUGGAAAGGAAGCUCAACGGAAACGUUUUUUAAGUGAGGGUUGGGAGGAAUGUCAUUGUAUUGACAUGAACGAGUUUUACACUGGAUUUAUUCCAGAACAGGAGAAACGAAGGAUUGAAAUGUUAGAACCCUUUGACGAGUAUGAGGAAUGGCAUUUGAAGUGUUCUCACUAUUUAAUUCUGAGUGCAUCAAAGGGAGACCUGAAAACAUGUCUGUUGUUCCAUCCUCCUCCAGAUUUCCAUGCCAAUAAACUAGAUACUUUUGAUCCACUGUGGAUCUCUGUAUCUCCAUGUGAGAUUGAAUCAGAGAAUCCUCUUUUAAGGAGAUUUGCCCAUUGUUCGUCACUUAUUGCCCCAAAUAUAGUCCUUAUCAGUGGAGGAUUUGGCAGCAGAGUUGGCCAACAUGGACGCCUCAGGGGUGCAACACUAAUGAUUAAAAGUGGACCAGUUUGGAAAUGUAGCUUUGUUAACAAUGAGGGAUCAAUCCAUCUAUUGACUGAACGAAUGUUUCACAGCAUGACGUCUUUUUGUGACAGUUGCUGUGUAAUCUUUGGUGGCCGCACGUCUCCACUAAAGCCAGUCACCAGUCUCCUUUUGUUGAAAUGUGAAGUUGGCGAUGGUACCAUCUCCAGCAUCAGCUUGUCAGUAAAAGAGAUAGAAUGCAUUGGCACUGCACCAUCACCACGCUGGCGACACACAGCAACAGAAGUGAUUUAUAAAGGUCAGAGAUAUCUGUUCAUUUAUGGUGGUCGCUCUCCCAAAGAAAUGGUGCUAAAUGAUUGGCAUUUCCUGAACCUGGAAGACUAUAGCUGGGCAGAUAUUCCAGUUACUGGGCCUACUCCAGAAAGUCGCCAUUCCCACAGUGCCUGUUCAUGGAAAGCUGGUGUACUGAUUGCUGGAGGAUUAGGGGCAACACAGAUCCCUUUAGCAUCUGUCUUCCAUCUUAGACCAACCCAGUCUGGAUUUUUUUGGAAUAGGAUAGAAGUAACAGAUUCUUUCAUUCCACGAUACUCUCACACAGCCCAUAUUCUUGAUGAUAAACUUUUUUUACUGGGAGGAGUGACAAUCUACUCUGAUUCAAUCCCUGAAGUAACUCUUAUUGACCUAAAGACAGGACAAAGUCUUGAUUACCACAUUAACACAUCAACCUGUUCAACGAUGUUACUAAACACAUCUGGAGCAGAUGGAGGUUGAACCUCUCCCCCACCCUGCCAACCCCUGGUCCAAGGUGUGGACACUCCCACUGUGCCACAGGAGGGUCCUUUUGUUAUAG